AUGCCACUGGAAACUGAAUCCCAAUUCGAAAAGUUUGACAAUACUAUUGCAAAAAUAAGUGAUGACAUUAAUUCUGGUAAAAUUAGUUAUGCUAACAUUUAUGAGGAACUAAAAAAUCAAUUAAGAGAAAACGUCAGUACUGUGUAUGAAGAGUGGAAAAAUAGUAAAUUUGAUCCAAGUUUCAAAUUUAAGUUAUAUGAUGAUUUUGAUGAUAUAAUAGAAAAAACGUUAUUACAUAGCGCGAUUGACUGCACAAAAGAAGCUGCAUGUGUACCACUGGUUCAAUAUUUAUUAGAGAAGAAAGCCGAUCCGAAUAUAAGGGAUAGUUAUAAUCAGACUCCACUGAGUAGUGCUCUUUAUGCUCGAGAAGAUAAGAAUAAACAGGUGGUAAAGUUAUUAUUAGAUGCAGGGGCAGAUCAAAAUGCAGUUGACAAUGAUGCAACUUAUAGAAGAACACCAUUAUCUAUAGCCUGUAAAGGUGUUCGUGAAGGUUUUAGCAUAGAAACAAUAAAACUUCUACUAGAAAGAGGAGUAAACAUUAAUGACGUGGUAGAUAAUAAAGGAAAUAUCAUUUUACACCAACUUGUUGAGCAGUCAUUUAGCAUACCAGAAAAAGCAACAACUUUACAAGCACAAACUUCUAAAUUAAUAAAGAUUGUUAUAGAGUAUGGAGCUAAUAUUUAUGCUAAUGACAAUAGCAGUAGCAGUUACACUCCUGAAAAACUUAUUGCAAACCAGUUGCGUGGUCACAUUAUAUAUGAUAAAAAAUUUGUUGCCUCUAUACAGGAAUUCUUAAAAGAGCAGAAAAAAUCAGUGGAAUAUCAUCACAAGUUAUUUGAGGUAGUGGAACAGUAUCAAGAUCUUAGAUCACUUACUGACAUCAUAACAGAAAAUGGUCCAACUAGUAUAAGGGGUAUUCAAGUUUGUAGUAAAGCGGUACCUCAAGCACUUGGGAUACCAGGUAUAAAGCUUGUUGUUAUGGUUGAUGGUGAAUUUAAACAAGAGUUCUCUCAAGGAACAGGAUACCCUGUUAUUAGUGUUGAAGUUGGUUCUCUUAGAAGAUGUCUUGAAAUCAUUUAA